AGUACAAUUGUUCCAGGCCUGUCCUCCAUGUAUGGUACACCAUUCCCCUACGGUGCGGCCCAGUUGCUGCGCCAGGUCUAUGGACAUGACUCAGCCACUAAUCCAAUAUUCAACUCUAGGCUGGCUUCAUCCACUCCCGACCCUGAAAAACUUGCAGCAGACACAUCGGCCUGUCAGCUACCGAACGCUUCAGAGUCCAACAUACAGCAGGACGUUCCUGAACGUGAUAUCUCCACAGUCUCCUCUGUGCCACCGAGCUUGAACCAUCUUCAGAACAUGGCCCAGAUGGUGGAGAUAUACAAGCAGCUUGAGCUGAAGAAAAAUCAACAGAUUCAGGAGGCCGUUGCCAAGGAAACUCUACAGAAGUUAAACGCUAUGGAUAUUCAUAUAGCGUCAGCUGACACUAGAGGCAAUGGAAGUAGCAAUAGUAGGAUUCCUGUGCCUUUAUUGCAACAAUGUGCACUUAGUGAACAGAAGGGCAGCUUAGGUCAGCAUGACCUAGUUAGUACCAAUUUCCUGCAAUCAGAAGCCCUCGGGAGAGAAUGGUCUGAAAAAGCACCUACCACAAGAGAAUUAGUAAGUAAGAAUAACCGCCAGUUAGAAGCUUUUGGGAGGGAAUCGUCUGACCUACUACCACCAGCUACAAGAGAUUCUGGGGGCACUGCCCGAGGUAGUCUAGGUUUCACUAUUCCACAGAGAGACUCUAUGUUUCGGCCGGUCAUGCCAUCGACUGGCGAGGACUUCAUUGAUACUGAGAAUCCUGCAAGUACAAACAGCUCCCUUACGGCAUUCCAGCACUAUAUCUCAGGGGAUUCUAAAGAGUUUCUGCCGCCACAGAACUGGGUCUUAAAUUUUAAAGACCUCAAAGAAGUUGCCAAUAGACAAAAGAGUAAUGUUGAGACUGUUGGACAGCCUGAAAGUGGAACUGCUAGUGUAAUUGAGAGGGGAGAGAGGGAUUCUUUAAGAGAAUCUGUUAGAUCUGAAAAGUCUGAUGUCUUGUGUGAAAAGACUCAUGGUAAAUCUCAGCAACAAGAGGCAUGUUCACAAUACCAGAUAUAUAAAUCCAAGCCUGAUAGUGUGAAACAUGGGCAGCUUGUAUAUUCCAAUAAAAAUAUUGACCAUAAUUUACAGUGCAAAACUGAGGAAAGUAUUUCUGGCAGCUCUGAAAGUAAGUCUGAUGGAAGUGACGCCACUUUGGGUCAUAACAGAGGUCAGAUGUCAUUGGAUGAAGUCCCUGAAAGGGAUUUACCUGUGGAAAGAAAAAAGAGUCCAUAUAAAUCAUCAGUUCAGCAAACAACCAAAGGCAACACGUUCAGAAUGGGAGUCCAACAGAAAAAUGAGUCUCAAAACCUGUCUGCUUUAACCUCCUCAACUCCAAAGAAUCAAAACAUUUCCAAUAACAGUGGCUCCAGUAGUUUAGGAGGGAAAAUUGUAUUCAUUCCUGAUGAUUCUCAGACGCCCACUGUGAUUGGCCACGUCCCAGCCCCUCCCCUACAGAAUCAGCCAAUCAGCUGGCCCCUUAUGAAUGUCCCUCAAGCAGCCAGUGUACUGUCCUCAGCAGUAGGUCAACAUGGAGUCUCCACUUCUCAGCUGUCUGCCCCUAGCCUUCAGUUGGGCCAGGCAUCCCUGGAAGGAGCCAGUUUAGGGUAUCACAGCUCAGCCAACGCCAAGGCGAUUGCAGCCAGUGAUAUUGGCAUAAGAAAGCUACGCUACCUGCUGAAGGAGUUGAAGGAAUGCAAUAGAGUCAUUAAAGAUGUUGAGGUCAACAGACUGGUGGGUGACCUUGAUGACACAGUCAACUCCAUUCCCCAGCUGGCCUUGACCUUUAACCUCCAGACAGAGAUUGACCUUGCCAUUCAACCUCUCAGGAGUGAAAACAGCCAGUUGAGAAGAAAGGUUCGCAUGUUAAACCAACAACUGAAAGAAAAGGAAGGAGAAAAUGAACCAAAAGAUAUCAACUUUGAAAUCCUUCACCUGCAGACCAGCAACGAGAGCCUACAGAAAGUGUUGAGAGAGGAGCGGGACAUUAAGACGAGGCUGGCUGCGGAGGUGCAGUAUCUCUAUCAGGAGAUACACAAGAUGAAAGUGGACAAGUCUAAACUGAUAGCCAGCACCAGUGAGAAGGAGACUGAGCAACUAAAAGUUCGCCAGGAAAUCACCAUGGAAGCUCAACAAGUGAAGCAUGACCUUGAACUUCUGAAGAAAGGUCACGAGGCAACAUUGACCCAGUUAGAGGCCAUCGAGAAGGAGAACCACAUUCUGCAGGUGACCUUGAGACAGCGGGAUGAAGAGAUUGCUAGGCAACAGGAGAUAGUUGAGACGAUGAAGGAGAGCAUCUCAGAGCUGCUUCAUGAGCUAGAACAGAGCCGUUGUGAGGAUCGCAACUGGGACCAUAACCAGAGCUACGGACUCAACAGGCUGCUCAAGAUAGUGGAGGGAGAUGGACAGGCUGGUUUUACAGUCAGAAGAGGCCAGCAGCUGGCAGCAACAAAGCCUCUACAGAGAACACCAGAGAGAAGGUCUAGGGCAGCUGAGCGCAGAGAACUUGACUUUGACGACAGUGGCGCCACUACCUCUACAGCGAGACUUACACAGGAGGCACUGGCAGACCACAACCGGCACCAUUUACCAGUAAGAGCCAUGACAAACGGUCGCCAAGGACCAGCGUCCGAGUCUGAGUUGGACACGCUUGUUGAUCUGCAGAUGAAGAGGGACAUGGGUGGGGCGUGGAAUGACAGACCUGGGCAACGGCGAACGUCUAGUUUAUCCCCUGUGAGGUUGAAAAAUGAUCAGCCUGGUAGGGAUGUCAGGGACCUCAGGGGGCCUGGUUUUCCACCAAUGAGGAGUGGGGCUGGUGCACUUAGAGAUGCCGGUGGGAAUGUAGGGGCUGAGAGAGAGACUUACAGGCCAAGGCCAUCAAGUGAGAGAAUUAAGAGGUGGGAAAGUGAAGAGGUGAAAGACGGCAGGGAGGAGUUGUCUCCCGCAAGGGGCAUUAGAAAUAGACAGCCGUAUAAUAGGGGACAAAUGGUUGGUGAAUAUUCCCCAUCCAGAGCUAGGGCCCAACAAGGAUAUAGCAGUGGAGGUAGAGCCACGGAUGGCCUUCAAGACGGUACAGAGGUCAGUGUAGAACAGUCUCGGUAUAGUGUCACGGACUACUUCAGGAAAUAUCACCCACAAGACACGGUCACUAGACCAAUAGAGACACUGGUUAAUAAAGGACUGCCUCCAAGGGGCAGAUAUCUAAAUAACAGGGUGGCUGAAUUUUAUACUUCCAGCGAAGCCGAUGACCGGACAGCCAAAUCAUCAGAAGCCACUGGUGUAGUAAGAAAUGCUCAAAGACUUGCAAAAUUCAGGGGUAGGUCAGCAGACCACACUAUAAGCGCAAUCCAUGAUGAUGAUAACGUUUCCUCUGUCUCGAUGUCCUCUGUGACAACGGCCAAUACGGUGGAUGAAGGGAAAUUCCGGCAGGGUAUUGCUACGCUGGAUGCCAACAUUGCUCGACUUCAACAAGCUCUGCUGAAAACAAAGUCCAUGCUAUCAUGAUGAGGCCAUUGCAUUGGCCACUUAUUUUGACACUGACUGCUUCCAGGGCUUUUUUUUGGGGGGGGGGGGGGGAGGGGCAGGGAGUGUGGGGGCUAUUGUUCAACUUUAUCCCUGUAGAAGGUGUCUUUGUCUUUAUAAAAUGCUCUCAAUUCAUACAGUUUUCCCCUAAAAUUGAUCUUAUCAAAUGAAUAUUUAUACCCCUGUUUAUGUCUCUGAUAUAAGAAUUGUUCAGACUCUGUUUGUGGAAAACAAUGUACAUGCCAUAUUAAAGAGGUCUUUGCAUAAGUUGCUGAUGUUUUGAGAUCUGAGGUAUUUGCAUGAGUUGUUGAUUUAUUGCCAGUUGCGUUUGAUGCCUCUUGAGUUGUAAAUUUUGUCUGUUACUUUAAAUAUGUGUAUGAUACAUGUAAACCGUAUGCAUAAAAAUAUGUAAUUUGCUUCAUGGGAGUUAUCAUUAACAUGUUGGGGUCCAUCCAACAUAUUUGCUAUGAAUUUUCAUACAAUGAUCUCGUUGAUGUGGUAUUACAUGUAAAACUGAAAUAAUGUCUUCAAACAAGAACAUUUGUCUCAUUGAUGUUUUAGUUUAGAUUUUGUGUUUUGUUCUUGCAUUUUCAUUUUACAAACUACUUUGUUUGUUGCCCGUGUUAUACUGUGAUAGUAUUUAUAAAAUGAUUUAUGAUAUCAUUAUUUACAUUUUGAUUAUUGUCAUUCAUUGUGCAUGCUAUGAGCUGUGGGUUACAGUAUACUUCUAUAAGAAAGCGAAAUUUCUUGUAAAGGAGUAAAAUAAAAAAGAAAAAACAGGUA